ACCCGAUUAGCUUGCUCUGUUAUAAAAACUUCACAUAAAACAAGAGCAAAAUUUGUCGCUUCAAAUGGAAGCUAAAAGAAAGAGAAAAGCUCUCGCGGAUUGCACCAAUACAAUUCCUCCUCCUUCUUCCAUUAAGAAACCCUCUUUCUCUUCUGCUAUCAAAAAAGUACUCAGUGAGCCCAAGGACAAAUCCGUAAUUCAAUCCAAGUCCAAGUCGGCUGUCGGCGCCAACGCCGCUGAUGAGAACCACAGCGAAACUGGAACCAAAACUCCUAGCUCCUCUUCUGUUGCUUCUACGCCAGUGAAAUCUUCGAGUGUUUCUGGUGCAGGUGAUGAGAGUCGGGUUGUUGAGCCGUGUUCGGUUUAUAGUAGAAGAAGAACCGCAGAAAAAAGGAAGUAUAAAGGCAAGGAAGUAGCUCUGCCUUUCGACGGCUCUCAUGCAGUUAGUUUAAAUACCGAUAUAGUCAAAAGCAAGGAAGAUGGAAAGACUUUUCCAUCCAAGUCAUCUAUUAAGCAUCGUAAAAAGAAGAAGGAAGAUGAUUCCCUGCAUACCAUGUCUCAAGACUUUAUUGAGAAGCAGAGAGCUUACUUUGCAGAGAUUGAUGCAUUCAAACUGUCAGAAGAGGAGGCGUCCGAUCAGUCGGAAUAGAUAGGAAAUGUAAAAUUUAUGCUGCGUUCAAGGCAUUCUAACUCAUCAAAUAGUAACUGUAUAGUUAGAACAGUUUUAUAUAUGUUGUAAUAACCACUAUGUUAACCACGAUGUAAGUUCCUUAAAUCUUUUUGUAGGAAACAAUUAUACGCAGUUGUAAUUCUGGAUAGUACUUGAGAAACAGGCUCUGUGAAAGCAGUAUCAAGGGUUUUUCAGAGAAAGACUUGAAAUGAUAUCACAAAUUUUUUUAAU